AUGGAAAAAGAAGCCAAAAGAACUCUAAAUCUUGGCAAAAGAAAAAUUGCGACCAAUCAAAUUGAAGAAGGAGACUACGUAGGAUAUAGUGGGGUUAUUAGUGAUGGGGAAAGUUUUGGGGCGGAUGACAAUUGCGCUCAGAAUGUCGCUGAUUUCAAGAAGGCAGUGUACGAUCUCCAUUUACGUUUCACCACAAAGCCCUUUGGUGCAAAUGAAGAUUUUGAGAUCAAUAAAGAGAUGAGCUUUGAAAAAAUAUAUCAGCUACUUUUUGGUAUGGAACAAGAUGAAGGAGAGAGAUAG